AUGGCGGCGCGCGCGCUGGUGCAGUACGUGGUGCUGAGGGGGGACCUCCGCGGCGAGCCGCACUCGUGGCCGUUGGGCGCCCUGGUAGCUCAGGCCUGUCACGCCGCUCUGGCAGCGACCUAUUCGUACUUCGACCACCCUGACACUGGCACCUACUUGGCCCAGGGAGGCAACAUGAGGACCGUCGUGCUGGAGGCACCAGAUGAAAGUGCUUUGACUGCAUUAGCAGAGGCCCUGCAGCAAAACAGCAUUGAUCAUAAAGUGUGGACAGAGCAGCCCGAAGACAUUCCCACCUGCAUUGCUCUCCGACCCUACCCUAAGGAAGAAGUGCAUCGUCAUGUGAAGAAGUUCAAACUGCUGAAAUGAGCGUCCUUUUCUCUGCUUAUGUACAGGUUAGACUAGGAAAGACAGCUUUUCUCUGGGACUCUACUGUGUAGCAGCAUCACUGGAAGGCAUAAAACCGGGCUGGAGAAGCAUGAUAUCCCUUCAUGUUGAUGGCAACUCUAUGCUGUCAACCAAAGUGUGGCUGUAGAGGGGAUUAAAGAUGUAUUUAUCUGCAUUUGGUGUAUAGCUUAGGCUUUCAUGGGUUCACAAACAACCCCCUAGAGGCAGAAUCCUUUGUAUGUAAUAUUCCUGUUUGGGGUUUGGUUAAAAUCUGACAGACAGUGUUAAGAAGAGUUGUAGGAUGUUGUGGGUUUUCCAGGUUGUAUGGCCAUGUUUCUGUAGCAUUUUCUCCUGACUUUUCGCCUGCAAGAGAAAAUACUACUGGAACACGGCCAUACAACCCAGAAAACCCACAACAUCCUAGAGAUUCCAGCCAUACAACAAUACAAGAAAAGUUGUGUUGCCAAAUGAGAUGUGCUAGAGAGGUCAGUUUUGUUGGCUUUUCAUUGCCAUUUAUGUGUGUAACACCAAAGAAACUCUGCUUGUGGUAACUGCUUAAGUAAGCACUGUCAUCCAUCCCAUAGCAAUGGGUGACCUCUCAUUCAUAUAAAAAAAACUGGAUUGGGAUGAUACCCAGGGCAAAGGUAAUGUUUUCUGCAAUCGGGGAGUUGAGAUCUUCACAAUAAUUUGAAACCUUAAAUAUGAUGGAGGAGGAGGAGGCGGUGGCGGCGGCUGGAUUUAUACCCCACCUCUCUCUCCUGUAAGGAGACUCGAGGUGGCUUACAAGCUCCUUUCCCUUCCUCUCCCCAGAGCAGACACCUUGUGAGGUGGGUGGGGCUGAGAGAGUUCUGAGAGAACUGUGACUAGCCCAAUAGGAGGAGCAAAGAGAGGACAGGGAAGAAUGAUGACUUUAGGGGGCUGUCGUGGGGAGGGCAAGGAAAGUAGAUGGAUGGGUUAGACAAAGGAAAAGGAAGGGAAGAAAAUAUAUUGUGGCUGGAGAGAGAGAUGAGUAUGCAGGCGCUUUGGAGAGGAGCAAAGCUGGAUGGAGCCAGAGAACAGAUGCCAUGACAAGCCCUUAUGGGCUUCCCAACAAGCUCAGUAUGUAUUUUACACUGCAGAUGGCACAGUUUUAUUGGAAGAAUGGGACUGGUACAGAGAUGGUGCUAUCAAGCUCAAAGGAAUGGCUGUAGCCUUCUGAAUUUUUUUACUGGUACUUUAUGGGUAGUGAGAAUAAAGCUUGACUGCUGGUCCUGAUUCUUGAGUUGGGGCAAAGGUCAUUUUUUGCCACAUGUUUAGAAAAGUUAACGGCUAAAUGAAUAGUUCAGCUGAAUGUGACCAAAGGCAGGUCCAGCAUUCUAGCAGUGACUAUCUCAAAAGACCUAAAAGCCAGAUAUGAAGACAAAAGCCAUCCGCUGUUACAUCACAUCCGCCCUAUAACUGGUAUUUGGACAUACAGCUUUUUAAUUAAGCAGUUCUAGUCACAUGUGAUCAGGUGUCAAAAUUCAAUCCUAAAUUUUGCAGAAUCGCUUUAGGGGCUAGGUCGAGAAAGGGCAUUAAGCAGAACUUUCCAUGGGAAGGAGAAACUGAGGCAGUGCUGAUGGACAAGACGGAAAACAAGAUGUUUCAUGGAUGAUGAUGAUGAUGAUGAUUGUAGAUUUCACAGCUGCCAGAUCUUUAGCUGGUUGUUGGCCUUCAUUACAAUUCGAGCCUCACCCAGAGGCCUAGGAAGUUGUAAUGUAUUAUUAUUAUUAUUAAUUAUUAUUAUUAUUAUUUCAUAAACUGCUCACUCCCAAAGGGCUCUGAGCGGUAGCCAAGAACAGCCUUUGAAGAGGCCUUCAGAUUUUUGCUUUCUUCAUUUAUUUGCUCCCAGUUAACAACCCUGCAGAAGCUUCUUGUCACCUGACUAACUGGGUGCCAGGAAGGGGGGAGGAAAGUAUCCAAUAAAUCAGGCAGUACUGAAGUACGAAACCUUGUAUCUAAACCCUCAAAAGACAGUUGACUGUUCUUUCCUGCAUGAUCUUAAAGGAAGACAAUCUGUGUCCUGCCAAAAUGGGCGGGAAGAUUCAUUGUGAAGGUACGGCAUUCGCAUGUCACCUGGCUGCAUAUGGUCAUAACAUUGGCCCCAUGCUGCAGCACCUAAGGGUGCAGAAACAGAAUCAGGGGUUUUACUCUGGCUAUUUGUAGUUCACAUGGCAGUUGUUUUGCAUAAGUUUUGAUGGCUGUUGUGUUAUUCCUGACAAAGCAGAAAUGGAGGCUGUUUGGGGGCUGCCAGACAGCUAGUGAGAGGCUGGCAAUAGUAAAGUUUGAGACCAAACAA